UUUAUUCUUUUCCAGUCACUAGUGUAGGUACGCCACGGCCGUAGUGACAGUGUAUCGUAAUAUUAUUUUGUGCAAAUUAUGUAUUGAGGUUGAAUAAACUACCUACGUUGUGUUUGAAUGGUGUUCAAUAACAAAUCCAAAUAUUGGAAACAUAUGUGAGAUGGUGUUUAUUGCGAAGGCUUGUAAGGAAGGAUGCCUGUUGUCAAUCACAUCUGCUUUAACUUAGAACGUGGAUUAUGCAAGUUGGAGUGAAAUGUGAACAGUGUUAGGUAAAUGUCUUGUGUUAAACGAUAAAAUAAUACAUAUAUUGUGGUUAUUUGAUAUUGGGCAAUGUGUAGUGAGCCACAUGUGUCGGCACAGAAAGUUACAAUCAAGAAAAUGGACUAUGGACAGCCAUGAAUUCGUUUCAUUUGUCCAAUGACUAUGUGGGUUGAUAUAUAAUGCGGUGGCUGCGCAAAAUAUUGGCGCUGGCAAUUAUUUGCACAGCUGUUAAGUGCGAUCCCUGUCCAACUAACUGUGUCUGCAUGAAAAUACGCCUGGCGUGUUCCAACGUGACGCUCCCCAAAAACAAGCUCACACGAGCUAUAUUGGAAACAUACCCAGUAGCUCAACAAGAAUUUAUUUGGACGGACUCCGACCUCCAGAGCUUAGAGAUAGAAAUAUUCAACGGGCUACACAAACUUGAGUACAUCGACUUAAGUAGGAACGAAAUCAAAAGGACUCAUCACGGGCUAUUUGCUGGACUGAACCUGUUAAUACAUUUAAAUUUAUCCAGGAACCAAAUCGAAGACAUACCUCGAUUUACGUUCGCCGAUUUAGAAAAUUUAGAAGUUCUAGAUGUUUCACACAACAAAUUACAAGUCCUUCCAUUCCAGGUGUUCUUACCAAUGACUAGAUUGCACUAUUUAGAUUUAUCUUACAAUAAAAUAUCUACGUUCUUAGAUUACUACUUUAGCCCUAAUCGCCAACUGAAAACUCUGUUCCUAAACAAUAAUAACCUAGUCAAAAUAACGCCAAACUCUCUAGUCGACCUAUUGCAACUGGAAAUACUGGACAUCUCGAACAACAGUUUAGAAUAUAUACCAAAGCAGAUAUUUGAAGCGCUAACAGAACUGAGAGAGCUAAAUAUAAGUUACAAUAAGUUUCAAAACAUAUCACAAGAUGCUUUUAGAAGUCUCCAUAAACUAAGAGUUCUCGACUUGGGAGGUAAUCGACUGAGACUGCUUUCGCCUAUGUUCUUCCGGCAUAACACAAAUCUAAAAUCAAUCUACCUCGAUCAAACGGAAAUAACCGUGAUACAGAAUACUAACUUUCAAGGCUUGGAGCACUUAGAAGAACUUUAUAUACGAAGAAAUAUCUUCUUACGCGAAAUUGAGGCCUAUGUGUUCCAAGACACACCGUCGCUAACACAUCUUGAUAUAAGCAAUAAUUCAUUAACAUUUUUGCCUCUGUCGCUAAAUAUGUUGGAUAAUUUAGAAGCGUUAAAUAUAGGAGGAAAUCCGUGGGCGUGCGAUUGUCGUAUGGCGUGGUUUGGUAAUUGGGCCGACAAGAGAAAAAACAUCAUAAAGUCAGAUCUGAGUUGUAGAAAUAGCUAUCCAAAUGAUAUGUUAACUAUUUUAAAUAAUACAAAUUGUAGAGCACCUCAUUUAGUUAGUAAGAGUCCAUUGACUCUGCAUAGAUUGCAAACUAUCGCACUUUUGGAGUGCAAAUUUGACGGCAAUCCAAUGCCCUCAAUAACUUGGAUAACGCCAACAAGGAUGGUGUAUCACUGGAACCCAGAACCAUUGAUACCAGACAUAUUCCACAAGCACGGCAUUGCCCACGAUCAAAAUUAUGAAAGUAUAGAUUACGCAAAGUCCAGAGUGAGAGUGCGUGAUGACGGUUCAUUAUUAAUAACAGAUAUUCGGAGAGAGGACAGCGGGACGUAUUUAUGUUACGCGACAAAUCCAUCGGCCAAUGUGUCCGCAGAAAUUGUGCUCAACCUAGAUCCUAUGACAAUGUUCGAAAUUAAAAUGUACAGUUUGCUUUGUGGAGCGAUUUGUGCAGCAGCCUUCCUAGGUCUAACACUCUUAGUUCAAGCAUUACGUUACAUAUUUUACAGGUUCCGUCUCCUUGAAACUUGCUGCAGUUGUUGUGCGUGUGUGAACAAGGGCAAACCUCAAGCUCGACAAAUACACAACAUGCUAGAUAACAUAGAACAAUAUAAAAGGCUACAGCUCGAAAAGUUGCGGGAAAAUUAUGCUGUCCAGGUACAUCGAAUAAAAGAGAACUGUACGCAACAAAUGGACUGGAUCCAAAGUAGUUAUUCAACUCAAGCCUCCCAUCUACGAAAUAUAAGAGACAUCGGAUCUAAUCAUAUAACUUCGAUGAAAGACCAGUAUCACGAUCAGGUGAAGCGCGUCCGAGAAUACUCCACGUCACAACUAAAUUGGGUGAGGGAAAAUUACGUUUUUCAAAGGAAUAAGAUACGCAAAUUUAGCGCGCAUCAGGUUCUGAGGUUGCGCGAAUCGUACAAGUACCAACAGCAAACUCUAAAUAAGGUCCUGGAGAACCUGCCCAGUUUAUACUUCGAGAACUGCCGUAGCGGGUCGUGCGGUCGAAGCGACUCGAUGGCCUUCGACCCGGACGUCGAAGUCAUCGACAUGUACCUCAAGACCAAAAUAGAAAAGCUGUCUAAACUCCCAAAUCCGAUCGACGACGAGAGUAAAAUGUCAGUUUACUACACGCCUACGGAGAGAUCUCUGACUUCCCGGCGAAACUCGCCCAUCUUUCUGCCCGAUGACAUUCACAUAAACAUGAUAGAACGGGGUCCACCACCCAAGUUGCUGGCGAUGAUAAAGCCGCUGCAGCCGGCACCGCCUCCGACGAUGGAGUCCUUAGCGGCGAUCCCUUCUACGAGCACCACUAAAACUUUAACGCCAGUGAGAAUACGAUACAACGAGGAAACGAAACCGUCCAGCGAGCCAUUAUUGGGGCGAGAGCGAGUAUUAGGCGAUAGUAAGCGGCACCUGUCCGGGAGCAUUAGUACACCAGAGCUGAAUAGAGAACUGGAGAGGGAGGAGGCAGCGAAACAGGCUCGCGUGCUUCUAGCGGUGGAGCUAACGAAACCAGACUGUCAAGUGCGUCACUCGGCCGGUCAGCUGGUGUGUGGCGAGUGUGUCCACCUCUGUGAGAACACGCCCUUGUAGUACAGGCUGUUAACGCGUGUUUUUAAAAUCUACGCGUUACGGAGCCGCGCCGGCCCCUGUCCCGACAUUAGUCUCUGUGAUUUCACUGAAUCGCCCUCCUACGUCUGAUUCACUGAACAUAUCUUGCCUCGUUGUUGUAAAGUAUUUUUAUGUGACUCGUGACGGGAAUGAGUGAUAACGAUAUGAAGUUAUACCGCUGUGUACUUCUAAGUAAGCUGUGAUAGUUUAGAUUCGAAUUAAAUUUAGCGAAAAUUGUCUCCUAGUGCUAGAUUAAGGAGAAUUAUAAACGAAACCUGUUCAUGUAGUGAAACAAUACUUUGUUUAAGAGUUCUGUGGCUAUUAGUGAAACUUGUAAAUAUUUUUUUAUUUCAAUCAAUUUUUCCAUUUUGAUGUAUUUUUAGUAACUCCUAGAGUAUUAUGCAUUUUGUAAUUGUUUCGAUAACAGUGUUAGUAAGGUGUAAGGAAGUUUUUUUUUUUAAUAAGAUGACGAAACGAGCGAGUAACUAUAUAUAAGUGAUAGCCCUGCCCAAAGCAAUAACAGUCCUAAACAACACUGCCGUUGCGCUCGUCAUCUUUAGUAAUGUUUGAAAAGUUGUUAUGGAUACUGCGAGACCAUUGUUAAUUGGUUUAUCAAAUGCGAGAUCCACUCCCAUUCUCUUCUAUCCAUCUGCACCACUUUACCGUAACUUUUAUACCCAUAGCCGGCAUUAACAUGUUUCCUAUUUAUGUGUAUAUAUACAUAAUAUAACAGACAUCUGGUAUAGACACUUGCAGUGUCAAAUCAAACUCAGCUGUCAUUAUAUAUAUAUUGUAUAAAUAUAACGUUUAUAAUUGUGAAUAUACAAAUAUUGUUGAACAUUUUCUAAAUAAUAUAAAAUCAAGAGUAAUUAGGGAAUCAUGAGAAAAUAAAUUAUUUUUCAAUGUAA